AUGAUUACUAUAAUUGAUGCCCCUACAAUAACUAGAUUCUUGUUACGGAAACUCCUGGACAUUGAAGAGCAUAAUUUUCUUCUUGUACUGGUUCCUUUCAUAUACCUAACUCUAGCACUCAUUCCUCGAUGGUCGAAUACCUUGCACAUGCCCAGAACCAGCCCUGACACGAGUUUUUCUCCUUCCAAUGAUUUAUUUUCCCUUGUUAGCCUAAAACUAUGUCAAACAAUAUCCUCCUCUAUAAUCACUCUCCCAUUUUCACUAUCCUUUCUUCUUUUAGCCAAAUCAUCAAUCAUCCAUUUUCUUACACAAAAUCAAAAACCAUCUUCAUUCAUUGAUCUUUACAACCCAAUUCUUUCAACUCAUCUUUGCAACACUUUCAUCCUUUUUGCAACAAAUGCAACAUGUUUUUCCCUUGUUUUCUUAACAUUCAACUUCUUAGAAGGAUUCCAUCUCAAUUCCCCUAAAUGGGUUCUUCUCUUUUCAAUCAUAAGUGCCAUUUUCUAUUCAAUUAUCCUUGCAAAUGCACUAAUUAUAUGCAAUUUAGCCCUAAUUUCAUCAGGAAUUGAAAGGAAAGGUGGGUUUUUAUCAAUUCUUAAAGCUUGGGUCUUGAUCAAAGGGAAAACUUCAACUGCAUUGGCUUUAGCUGUGCCUAUUAAUCUUGGUCUUGCUGCAAUUGAGGCUUUGUUUCAUCUUAGAAUUGUAGCAAAUUCACAUAAACCCAAGUUUCAUAGUAAUGCAAUUUGGCUUGUUGCCCUAGAAGGAGUUCUUAUUGCUUACAUUUAUGCAAUGAUAUUAGUUCUUGAUGUAAUUAUGAGUUGUAUUUUCUAUCAAAGUUGCAAGGAAGAGUAUUAUAAUGGUGCAAAUUAUGAUCAUGUAUGUUUUAAGAAGGUUGAAGAGUGUUGUUAUUGUGAUUAUAAUGUAGAAAAAUUAAAAGGGUUAGAAGAAUUUGUGUAA